GCCGUCGCCGUAUUGGAACGCCCUCCCGGAAGUAGAAUGUAGAUCCGGCUGUGAAAGCGGCCGCCGGUGGCCCCCGAGAACAGACCGGGGGCAGUCGCACCUGAACUAUUUCUCUGCGUUUCCUCUCGCUCCUUCCUGAGUCUUCCAGGUCCACGGAGUGAGGACACGUCUCCGCCAUCAUGGGGGGCGGAGACCUGAACCUGAAGAAGAGCUGGCACCCGCAGACACUCCGAAAUGUGGAGAAAGUGUGGAAGGCUGAGCAGAAGCAUGAGGCUGAGCGGAAGAAGAUCGAGGAGCUUCAGCGGGAGUUGCGGGAGGAGAGGGCCAGGGAGGAGAUGCAGCGCUACGCGGAGGAUGUUGGCGCUGUCAAGAAGAAAGAAGAAAAAUUGGACUGGAUGUACCAGGGUCCUGGUGGGAUGGUGAACCGUGAUGAGUACUUGCUGGGGCGCCCCAUUGACAAAUACGUUUUUGAGAAGAUGGAGGAGAAGGAGGCAGGCUGUUCUUCUGAGACAGGACUCCUCCCAGGCUCUAUCUUUGCCCCUUCGGGUGCCAACUCCCUCCUUGACAUGGCCAGCAAGAUCCGCGAGGACCCACUCUUCAUCAUCAGGAAGAAGGAAGAAGAGAAAAAAAGAGAGGUAUUGAAUAAUCCUGUAAAAAUGAAGAAAAUCAAAGAAUUGUUGCAAAUGAGUCUGGAAAAAAAGGAGAAGAAGAAAAAGAAGGAGAAGAAAAAGAAGCACAAGAAACAUAAGCACAGAAGCUCAAGUAGUGAUCGUUGCAGCAGUGAGGAUGAGCGCAACUGGGGGAGGUCUCAAAAGAAGAUGGUGAAUUCUUCCUCUGUUUUACCCAAAGUUCCUGGGUAUGGUUUACAGAUCAGGGACUCCGACCAUAGCCAGCGUCUGCAGGGCCCUUUGAUGGCUGAGCCAAAAGGAGUGCAUGGGUGGAAGAAUCACUCCAGGUCCAGGAGCUCCUCCCCGUCACCUCCCAGACAUGCCAGCAAGAAGAGCACCAGAGAAGGAGGGUCCCGGGACCGGAGGUCUCGAUCCCCGGACAGAAGGUCACGGUCCCCAAGGCCAAGCAAAACGCACAACUCUAAGGUAAACAGGAGAGAGAGGGGCCGAACUAGGAGCCCAUCACCUAAAAAAGAGGCCUACCAAAGGCGGCACGCCCCUGGAUACACCCGAAAGCUCUCAUCAGAGGAACUUGAGCGAAAACGGCAAGAAAUGAUGGAAAAUGCCAAGUGGCGGGAGGAAGAGAGGCUGAACAUCCUUAAGAAGCACGCGAAGGAUGAGGAGAGGGAGCAGAGGCUGGAGAAGCUGGACUCUCGGGACGGGAAGUUCAUCCACCGCAUGAAGCUGGAGAGUGCGUCCACCUCCUCCCUGGAGGACCGGGUGAAGCGGAAUAUCCACUCUUUACAGAGAACCUCGGUAGCCCUGGAGAAGAACUUUAUGAAAAGAUGAAACCAUCCUCUCUUGCUGGUUUUCCUGAAUGUUCCAGGGAGGCUGCUGACCCUUAAAAAUUCUCUUUAUAAGAGUUCAAGUGACUUCUUCCACAGACGUCAAACCACCACUGUUCAAAGUGACUCUCCUCCGUUGACUCCUAAAACAGCUACUUCCUUUGCGAACUUGCUGUAUGGGACCCUCAGCAACUUUUGCUGGGUGCAGAGUGGGUUUUGACUGUUUUUAAUGGUGGGCACUGGACCAUCUAGGUGUGAGCACUCCUGCCACUCUGGAGGGCUGCUUCCUGUGGUUGCGGUUCAUAUUAUGCCUCUUUCCUCCCACUUGUGAACACCUAUUCUACCACCUCAGCAUAUACCAGUCCUUUUAGGAGCCUCACUCUCCAGGCGCUGAGAUAGAUUGUGCUCACUGGGGUAAAUGGACAUUUACUUGAUUUAGUAGGUAGGUGACAGGGUGAGACCAGGUUAGGGCAGAGCCAAGGGAGUGACAAAGAAUCUGGAAGGGGAAAAUAUUUUUAAAAUCCCUAAAUGAACUGUUGGAACCAUUGGACUAUCUUUCAAACUAACUGUAAAAGUAUUGUGUGUGUGUGUGUGUGUGUGUGUGUGUGUGUGUAUGCACACACAAAUGGUAAUUUUUAACAUGCUUUUUAAAAAAUGUUAGCUUUGUGAGAAUAUCUUGUUUGGUAAGUGACUUUACUAUGUAAUGGAACCACAUUGUAUCUUGAUAUUGAGUAAUACAGUAAAGCAGCUCAGCUUUUUUCCCCCCCUUUGCAAAUUGAGCUAGUUUAGGAGGGGCUGGGUGCUUAGAGUCUUUGAUGUGAGAAGUGCAAUGAUGAAGUCAAAUGAUUUUAUGAGUCAGGACCAAAUUGGCAGUAUGCCCCCUGGCUCUUAAAAAAUAAAAAAUAAAUGGAAGCUGUUUAUAUUUUAUGGCUUCCUUUUAUCAUGUAGUAAUCCUAUCACAAUAAUUCUAGAUUUCCUGAAGCUGUUUGCUACUAUUUUUUAGUCAGUUAUUAAAAAACCCAAAAAGUUAUGGUUCCAAUCUCCUGUCUUCUUUCCCUUCUCUAUUCUUUCACCACAAGCCCUCAUUUGACCCAUAACUCUUUCAUAGGCACUCUUGACCCACACAUUAGCUGAGCUCUUCCUUUUCUACUAAUUCCUAAUUCUGCUUAAAACAAACUUGGAUUUAUAUUUUUGAGCACUUACAACACAAGGCACUGUAAUAUUUAAAACCUAGUCUUCAGAGAGAAAGUAACAAACUUGUUACUUAUUUAAUCACUUCAUCCUCUUCCCCUAUGAUAGGGUUAAUAAUGUAUCUUAUGUUACUUGGUAAUAAAGGCUACAUUUAUUUUUGUAACUGCUUAAA